GUUGCUCUUCUCAGUAAAAUAAUAUGUAACACUUGUAAAUUGUGGCAAUUGGUUCCAUUCCUAGCUCUCUUAAAUGCCUAGCCCUUCACCUCCUUACGCUUUAAAUACUCAUCCUUUGGUUGCUUACUUCACUCCCAAAAGCAAUACCGUUUAAAGCCUCAUCUUUUGAGUGUGUUCUCCCACUUCCCACUCAAAAACACCAUGUCUGGCUUGCCCAUUUCUUCUAUGAUGAAGGGAUGGUUUUCAGGCUUGUUGAAAGCCACAUUCAUGUCUAAAGAGAUUGUUUCUUUGUGGGUUUUGGCUGCAAUUGGCGAUGGUUCAAGAGGUGGGGCUUUGAUAAGUGUUAUAAACAGAGUUGUUUUUACUGCAUUUACCUGCAUUCUUGCAGUAGUUGUGGGUUUUGUAGGAGGGGCUAUAAUGGGAGCAAUUCAUGGAGCCGUCACAGGCCAGACGACGGAGACCGGGUUGGUUACUGGAGCCGGAAUAGGUUGUCUGGCAGGGGCAAUUGCAGCCAUUCAGUUGAUGGAUUUGGGAGUUGAUGGCCAAUCAUUAUCUAAGGUUGCUCUCUUGGGGGGUAUGGUAAAUGGGAAGGUGUUUAUGGAAUGGGUAAGUUUUGCAGUGCUAAAAGCCUAUCACUGGCAAGUUAGCAAUCUGGAAACAACUUAUGGAGACAUUUCUGAAAUUUAUGACAUUGCUGGAGCCAAGGGCUUAUCCCACGAAUGCAUUCAAAGGCUCCCUCGAAGUACAUUUCGUUCUAGCAAUAUGAUUGAAUCUUGCAAUGACUUUUGCUGCUCAAUUUGCUUGCAGGAACUGAAGGAGGGAGAGUGUGCAAGAGAACUUCCCACCUGUAGGCAUUUCUUUCACAUGGCCUGCAUAGACCAAUGGCUAAAGCAACAAUCUUCUUGCCCUAUGUGCAGAACACGUGUCCAUACUGAAAACGUUUAAACUCUAAUGGCAUGUUUAUUAAUCCAUAAUUGGAUUAGGAGGAAUUGAAUUGAGGAGGAGUUGGAUUGAGGAGAAUUA